AUGAAUAGCACUUUUGAUAACUAUGAUAUAAGGAGUGAAUCCACGCCCAAAUCAAUUAUCAAACGACAAUCGGCUAAUAGUCCUAAGAAGGUCAAUUUCAGUCCCACCAAAGAAGUGAAGAAUUUCAAGGAUUAUUUUGACUCGUCAGAUGAAUCAAUAAGAUCAAAUAGAGUUAAUGAUAGUCAAAAUAAAUAUGAUGAAAUACUUCAUGAACCAUUAAUAAACCGAAUUAUAACCGAUUCCAACAUUCCUUAUGUGCUAUCAUUGUAUCUACAGUUAAUCUUCAAUAUCAUAAUCAUCGGAUUAAUCUGUUAUUUCAUCAUAAUAUUUAUCCAAACGAUAAAAUCCGAUAUCAACAAUAAAUUACAAUUAUAUAUUUCCGAUACUUUACAAGAAAUAUCUAAAUGUUCAAGACAUUAUUACAGGAAUAAAUGUGAUGAAGCUAAAGUCCCACCGAUCUUAGAAGAUAAAUGCACAAAUUGGAUGAAAUGUAUGAAUAGAGACCCUCAAUUAAUCGGAAAGUCAAAGAUCACAGCCGAAAUCUUUGCUGACAUAAUAAAUGGAUUUAUAAAACCAAUUAGUUGGAAAUCCAUCUUUUUCUUGAUCACCUUAAUUAUUGGAUCUUUAUUAACAACCAACGUAGUUUUCAAUUCAUAUAGAAAUCCUCAUAAUAUAGAGAUUGAUAAAUUACAAAUGAUCAUUAAACAUCAAAAUGUUUUAAUUGAGGAUUUGAAAACUUUGAAAACUUCAAGACCUUCCUUAGAUUAUUUAGAUGAUUUAGAUAACGAAUUAUCAAUUUCAUCACCGUUAAACAAGAAAAGUAGGUAA